UGUCCCUUUCUCAAGGGGGAAUUUACUGCUUUGCCAUUGAUGAAAAGGACCUGCCUCGUGCUUCAAGGUGGCCACUUACACUCCAGCCAUCACAUUCCAGCCUCUGGAAAGGGAAGAGAAAAGGAAGGUCAGGUGGAUGGCAUGCUGAGGACCUUCCUGCCCUGUUACCGUAGGCAGCUGGCUGCAGCUGUGCUCAGACACAUUUCCCAGGAGCUGGGACCCCAGGACCCAGCCAGAUGCCAGCUGUCCCACACCAAAAAGCUGCCUCGAGUCAGGGAGCACCAAGGGCCCUUGACCCUGCUUCAGGGCCACCCACCACAGUGGCAACCAACCUUCUGUGUUCUGCGUGGAGACGGACGUCUAGAAUGGUUCAGUCACAAGGAGAACUAUGAGUCUGGGGGUCGUCCGCUGGGCUUUGCAGCUCUGACAGGAUAUACACUGCUCACGUCCCAGCGUGAAUACCUCUGCCUUUUGGAUGACCUCUGCCCCAGCUCCUCUGGAGACCUUGCCCUGGAGGAGCCGCUGCGGGUGCUUGAGGAGCCCGUGAGCUUCACGCUCUUCCUCGUGCACCCCUUCCGGGCUCACCUCUGCUUCUGCGCUCGCUCUCGGGGGGCACACCGCGCCUGGAGGCUCAGCCUGCAGGGUGCCAUUCGUCUGAGAGCCACCGUCCUGCAGCGCAGCCGGGCGCCCGCGGCCUGCGCCUUCCUGGAUGCCGUGCUGCUCUAUCGACGACGCCGGGGCUACGCUGGUGGAGACGAUGGGAUACUGGGCUCCGACGCAGAGGUGCUGAGCGCCGAGCUGAUGCGGGAGUUGUUGCCCGGGCUGCGAGCACAGACGCUCCGAAGCCUGCGCGGUGCGGGACGUGCCCGAGCCCGUGCAUGCGCGGAGUUCCUCGACGCCGUGCACGCGGCCGUCCUGGCCUGGGCAUCCUCGGGGCUGCGUGCCUUCCAGCCAGAGAAAGACGCACUGCUGGCGGCUCUGGAGAGGAUGGUGCGCGCAGACCUUGAGCAGAUCCUGCAGCAGCGUGCACUUGGAGCCCGGAGAAUAGAAGCCGAGAUCCAGGACGCAGUAGAGGCAUGCCUGUGUCAGAAGGUGGACCCGCAACUGCCCCAGCUUACCCUUGCGCUUCUGAGCCCAGUGGAAGCCACGCUCCAAGCUGUUCGGACCCUUCUCAUCCAGGGGAUGGAUCGGCUGUGUCACUACCUUCGCAAGAACCCUUCUGGCACUCGGCUGUGCAGGGAGGUUUAUGAAUUUGGGGAGAUACCAUGGGACCCAGAGUUGAUGCAGGCCUGCUACCGGGAGGCAGAGAGGAACCACAGCCAUCUGGUCCAGCUGGCAAAACCCUUUGACUUCCUGGGGAUGCGGAGCCUGGUGUUUGGGGCCCAGGACCUUGCACAACAGCUCAUGGCGGCUGCAGUUACCACCUUUCUGCAGCUGGCUGACCAGUGUCUGACAUCAGCUCUAGACCGCAGCCAAGCAGCUGAGCAGCUGGGGAAAGUAAGGGGCCUUGUACUGAAGAAGUUCACCUCAGACAGUGAGACUACUCGAUGGAGGUUCACCCGGGACUGGCUGCUGGGGAUCUUCUGGCCCUUUGUAUGGAGCCAGCUCGGACUGAGAUGUAACUUGGAACCGCCGGAGGUGGAUGGGGACAUCCUAGCCAUGGGCUGGCAGGUUCUGACCACUGAGGGUGUCUACAGAGAUGUCAUCCAGGGCCUCUUGCUGCAGAGGAUUGACAGAGAAUUGAAGAAGGUUCUCGGUGCCAGUGACAGAGCCUGCUGUCUAGCUGACUGCUCCGUAGCCCAGUGGGUCCAGGAAGGAGCAGAGGAGGAAGCUGAUGCUCAGCUCUAAGAGAGAAGAGAGAGAGAGAAGAGAGAGAGACUUACUGUGCAGGCCAAAUGCAGCCACUGCAUACAACAUGGCUUCCAAGAACAGUCAAGAGCUGCUGAGUCUUAACCCACCCACACCCAUCCUGGAGGAGAGUGGAUAAAGACCUGGAGUGGCCUCCUUGGGCCAAGGGUGUGAAUGCUUCUGCCUUUGUAACUUAUGUAUUCAACAAAGCAUCAUAGAUGGUAUUCCUGCUAAAAUUUGUGCACUCAGGUUCUGAGCUAGCCUAGGCUAUCAUAAUAAGAUACCACCGUCUCUAAAUAAAAC